AUGCACUUACCUAGAGGUUUUGGCAAACAAUUGGAGAAGGGCGAUUGUGAAGCUAGGUAUGCCAAGGCCCAACGUCCAGAAUACUCUGAAAAGCUAAGGCAAGGCACCGGCAAACACGUUGAAAGAGGGGACGAUAGUAGUAACGAGGAAACAGAUGAUAGUGACGAUGAUACGGAUUACUUACCAAUUUCCCAUCAACUGGUUUUUAGGGGCCACGAUAAAAAAGUAUCGUCAGUGUCUGUAGACUCUGGUGGAAACCGUUUUGUUACUAGUUCUUAUGACGAAACAGUGAAAUUUUGGGAUUUUUCUGGAAUGGACUCGUUAGCCUUGAACGCCUUCCGAAGUGUAGAGCCCAAAGAGUAUCAUCAGGUUCACAAGGUGAUGCAUUCGACUUCAGGUAAUGUUGUCCUUGCAGUUCCUCGUUUUUCGCGUUCAAAAUUGUAUUCGAGAGACGGACAAGAGCUUGGGGAAUAUAAGGGAGGUGAUAUGUAUCUUGUAGAUAUGAAAAAUACGAAGGGUCAUGUUGCAGAAAUCACAAGUGCAGAGUGGAAUCCAGUGAAUGGUGAUGAGGAGUUUGUCACUGGCGGGCACGAUUCAACAAUAAGGAUUUGGGAUGCAUCAAGAUUCCAAUCCCAAAAAUCGGUCAUUGUAGUUCGUGAUGAUAAAGGUGCUUCCAAGUCUCGAGUUAGCUGUGUCUGUUGGGCAAGUGAUGGAACGUCUGUUAUAGGAGGUACUCUAGAAGGUGGUCUAAAAAUGUGGGACCCUCGUGGAUCUCUUAUAAGACCGUCACACUCCAUAUCAGAAGCUCAUGUUGCUGAUAAACAUGCCGAUAUUAGUGUGGGAAUAAGUGGACUAAUAUCGAGUGUGGAUGGCAAUACCAUAAUAUCACGGGGAGGCGAAGGAGCUGAAGAUCAAGGAUCUAUCAAGAUCUGGGAUAAGCGUCGUUUUAAGACUCCAGUGAUGCAAAGAUUAGGUCUUUCAAAUGCGUCUGAAGAAACGAAUAUAGCAUUUUCUCCGGAUGAGCGAUAUAUUGUUACUGGUACCACUACAUCACUGGAAAUCUUAGACCGUUCCGAUUUAGCAUCUAUCUCCUCCCUGACAUUGUCAACACAGCCUUGUCAAGUGACAUCAGUGCUGUGGCAUCCCAAGCUCAACCAAAUAUUCGCAGGAACGAGCAAUUCAGAACUAUACCUUUUAUUUUCAAGAGAUCGUUCUAGUAAAGGGGCCCUAAGUGUCAUUGAAAGAGCACCUAGGGUCCGUCAUAUUGAUGACAAUUCUUCUGUUACGACGAAUGUAGAUAUUCUUGGUAUUAAUGACGAAGCAAUGGAGUAUAUGCAGCAGAGGAAGACUAAGCGCAAACAAGAUGCUGAAUUAUUCAAGCCAAACGCAGGUGAGAGCAGUAUCUGGGGUACUCCUGAUAAAGAACAUGUGGAAAACAAUGUUCGUUUGGGAAAUACAGGAGCUGAAGAUCCAAGAGAAGCCCUGCUUAAACUCGCACCACAAGCUGAAAGCGAUGAGCGGUUCAAAAACAUGCCAAAAGAACCAAAAAUAUUCUCUGCUCUCUCAGAUGAAGAUGAGGAGGAUCAGAAACAGCUCAGUGAGCGUCGUAAAAAAUUUAAAUUAGGUAAAUAA